AUGUCAAACAAUGUCGUGCUUCACUUUGUUCAAACAACUCCACCAAUCACCCGUAUUUUAGUAUUCUUAACAAUCAUAGUCUCCCUCUCGGUCUAUUUGGAUCUUCUCGCACCCCAGCAGAUAAGCUACAGCAGGUUUUAUCUCAAGGACUUUGAGUUCCACAGAAUAUUUACCACGUUCUUUUAUUAUGGAAGAAUGAACUUCGAAUUGGUGAUGAAUUUCAUAUUUCUUUACAGAUACAGCUCCAUGCUUGAAGAGUCAUAUGGAAAGACGUCGGAAUAUCUCUACACCAUUCUUCUAAUAUUCUUCUGCCUGUUCUUCACAAGCAAUGUCUUUUACGUUCCAUUCCUAGGAACGUCUCUUUCAAACACAAUCACGUAUCUUUGGACCAGAAAAAACCCGCAAAGCAUCGUUCAAAUAUUUGGAUUUGUUAGUUUUUCUGCCUUUUAUCUCCCCUUUAUCUUUCCAGUUGUAACCUUAAUUUUCGAAGGAAAUGUGUCAAAGGAUGAGAUAGUGGGAAUUGUCGUUGGGCAUAUUAUAUUCUAUUUCACAGAGGUGUAUCCAAAGUUCGGAAAGAACUUUCUCAAGACACCCUGUGCAUUGCAUAGGCUGUUCAAAGAAGAGUGUGAUCUGUGCUUGAAGAAAGCGCAGCCGGUAAGUGUACUAAAGAAGAAAAUUGAAGACUUUCGUAAAAAUGGUAGUGCGUCUCUGGAAAUUCCAGAGCAUAUUGAACCGUUAAUCUCAAAUACUGAAAAGAAGAAUGCUGACAGCAAGGUAGAGCUUAAUGGCGAUAGAUUGACUUCAAAUGAAAACGUGGAAGCAGGCGAGGAGUGGGAAGAAGCCGAUAGCUUAAACAGUGAAGAAUGUGCAAGCGGCAGCUUGAAGAGUAUCGAUGACAACCUAGCUGUGGAGGACUCGAAACCGAACAAAGAAACGAUAGAUCAAAAUCUAGAUAAGGCACAAGGCAGUGAAAUAGAGAAUGGCAUCGAUCAGAAUGAAGAUUUCGAGUCUGGGGAAACUGCAGAUGACCAUAUCGAAUCAGACAAGGAACUGACGGGUCAUGGGAAGGAUGGAGUAUCUGAUCAGAGUGAGGAUUUGGGACAUGGGGAGAUUGUGGAUACAGAUGAGGAUUUUGAAUCUGAAGAGCUGGAAUUAUUGGGCAGAAAAGAUGAAAAGCAUUACUCAAGUGAGGACGAGCAUUCUUGGCAAUCAUCGUAA